UUCUCCAGGGGAAAAGUGUUGGGAGAUCUACAAAGUGGAUUUUUUUUUCUCCUCUUCUUUUUUUUUUUUUUUUCUUCCCCCCUUCCCCCUGUUUUUUACCGCUCCUCUGCAGACUUUGCAACAAAACACUCCAACUUUGCAGAAAACUUUUCUUUUUUCUUUUUUUAAUUUUUUGCCUUUUUUUCGCUUUUUUUUUUUCGCUUUUUUUUUUUUUUUUUUUUUUUUUUUUUUUUUGCCUUUGCAAAUCUUGGAAGAGGAAAGCGGGAGGGUUGAACAGAGCCGAUCGAAAUACUACUUUGCUUCAUACCGAGCCUCCCAGCAGCUCGCUGCGUCGGGAGAGACUUUUUCUCCUGCUGCAGAAGAAAAGAGAGGGAAAGGGAGCUUUGCAUCCCCUCUUCCUUCUGCGUUUUUUCCCCCUACUCUCUUGACUGCUUUGAUGCAUUAAUAGCAGGACACUGGUUUUCAAGGAACUUUGCUCCCUUCCCAACCUGCCUCCUCCCAGCCCUUUGGGAAGAGUGUGUGUGUGCGUGUGUGUGUGAAAUUGCCGUCCCACCUCCCCAAACCUCCCUGCUUCCCCACGCCUCCCCCUGCAACCUGUAGGCUGUGCAACCCCUGCAGGCUUUUCUCCCUUUCCCCUCUCCUUCCCUCCCCCUCUCUUUUUGCGCUCCCGCGGAUCGCGGUGCGAAUUCCCCCUUUCGAGGCGAGAAAAAGCUGAAAGAAGGAGGGGGAAAAAAAGAAGAAAAAAAAAAAAAAAAAAAAAAAAAGACAAAAAGCAAAUCUAGACGCACCCCUCCUCCCAACGCCAAAAGAAAAGCAGGAGGGUCUCGUACCCCGAGAAUAAACCCCAGAGCGGGGCGCCUGCAAGCAGGGGCUGCGCUUUUCGCCCCUCUUUCCUUCUUGAAUUUUUGAAUUUUUUUCUUUCUUUUUUUUUUUUUUUUUUUUGGCCCCCGAAGGGGCAAGCGGAAAGGAAGCACCGCCCGCCCCCCCCCCCUCCCCUUUCCUCCCCCACCUUCCCCCCCCCCCCCCCCCCCCCUCGCCGGCGGCAGCCCCCCCGCGCCCCGUCCCGCCGCAUCCCCCCGCCGCCGCGAUGCUGCUGCGGCUCCUGGUGCUGCUGGGCGCCUGCCCGGGGCUAUCGCGGUGCCUGGGCUCCUUCGUGCAGUGCGAGCCCUGCGACGGCAAGGCGCUGUCGCUCUGCCCGCCGCCGCCGCUGGGCUGCGAGCUGGUGAAGGAGCCGGGCUGCGGCUGCUGCCUCACCUGCGCCCUGCCCGCCGGCCAGCCCUGCGGCGUCUACACCGAGCGCUGCGCCCGCGGGCUGCGCUGCCUGCCGCGCCAGGGCGAGGAGAAGCCGCUGCACGCCCUGCUCCACGGCACCGCCGUCUGCCUCAGCGAGAAGAGCUACCGCGAGCAAGCCAAGGCCGAACGAGAGUCCCGAGAGCAUGAGGAGCCGACCACAUCAGAGAUGACAGAGGAGACCUACCCACCCAAAGCCUACCGGCCCAAGCACGGGCGCCUUUCCGAGCUCAAGGCUGAGGCCCUGAAGAAGGACCGCCGGAAGAAGCUGACCCUGGCCAAGUUUGUGGGCAUGGCAGAGAACACUGCGCACCCCCGCGUCGUCAUCCCUGAGCUCCGGCAAGAAUUUGAGCUGGGCCCCUGCCGCAGGCACAUGGAGGCAUCCCUGCAGGAGCUCAAGAGCAGCCAGCGGAUGGUCCCCCGUGCCGUCCACCUCCCCAACUGCGACCGAAAAGGCUUCUACAAGAGGAAGCAGUGCAAGCCCUCCCGAGGCCGGAAGCGUGGGCUGUGUUGGUGUGUGGACAAAUACGGCAUGAAGCUGCCAGGGACUGACUACCUGAGCGGAGACCUGCAGUGCCACGCGUUUGACAGCAGCAACGUGGAGUGAAGUUGCAUCCCCUCCCUCCGCCCCAUCACUACCUACCCAGGCUCCCUUCCACCCUCCCCUCUGCACCUCCCUGUGCCCCGGGACUCCGAUUCCUUUCAUCUCAUGUAAGAAGAAAAAAAGAAAGGAAAAGAAAAAAGAGAAAGGAAAGAAAAGGAAAAAAAAGAGAAAGAAAGAUGUAAAGAAAGGAAAAGCAAAAAA